AUGGCGUCAAACUCGAUCAAGCUCUUGACUGGCAACAGUCACCCCGACCUUGCCAAGGCUGUGGCUGACAGGUUAGGUAUUGAACUCACCAAGAUAAUGGUCUUGCAGUAUUCAAAUCAAGAGACCAGUGUGACAAUCGGUGAAUCUGUUCGAGACGAAGAUGUUUUCAUUCUCCAGUCGACCCGACCUAACGAUAUCAACGAUGGCCUCAUGGAACUCCUCAUUAUCUGCAAUGCCUGCAAAACCGCAUCUGCUCGUCGAAUCACGGCGAUCCUCCCCAACUUCCCUUAUGCUCGUCAAGACAAGAAAGACAAGUCCCGGGCACCCAUCACGGCCAAGUUAAUGGCCAACAUGCUCCAGACAGCUGGGUGUAAUCAUGUUAUUACCAUGGACCUUCACGCAUCACAAAUCCAAGGCUUUUUCAAUGUCCCCGUCGAUAACCUCUACGCCGAGCCCAACGCGGUGAAAUGGAUUCGAGAAAACAUCAUGCACGCCACUGAGACUAAUUCAGAGGUGAAUGGUGUCAAAGAGGACUGCGUUAUAGUCAGUCCCGAUGCAGGUGGUGCCAAGAGAGCCACUUCUAUGGCCGACAAGCUCGAUCUUCCUUUCGCUCUCAUUCACAAAGAACGUUCUCGACCGAAUGAAGUUAGUCGAAUGACACUCGUGGGUAAUGUCCAGGGAAAGGUCGCCAUUCUUGUCGACGACAUGGCCGAUACUUGUGGAACCCUUGCGAAAGCUGCCGACACACUGAUCAAGCACGGAGCCAAAGACAUCGUUGCUCUUGUCACCCACGGAAUCUUGUCUGGCAAGGCGGUGGAAGUCCUGAAGAACUCGGCGCUCUCAAGACUGGUGAUCACGAAUACCGUUCCCAUUUCGGAAGAAAAGAUUGACGCUCUGAAAGUUGAAGAGGGACAAAAGGGCUGCAGGCUCGAGUUUAUUGAUAUUGCUCCAGUUUUGGCGGAAGCGAUUCGGAGAACCCACAAUGGUGAGAGUGUCAGCUAUUUGUUUAACCAUGCCGUGUCAUAG